AGGUAAUCUUUAGGCUAAAUGAUUUGCUGUUUAUUCACUUGAAUAAAGAUAAAAUUCCUAAAGUACAACAUAUAUUUUUUAUUUUCAAACUCUAAUAGGUCAAGUGAAAAAUGAUUAUUCAAAUAUACUCUACUUUCUGGUGGAAACAAUCCCUUUGAUACGAUAACAAUUUUUUCUGGCGCUUGAUUGAAGCUGUCCUUGAACAGACAAAAUUUCCCGUCUUCCAGAAAUCGUGCUUAGUUCAAACUAAAAUGUGAUGUAGCGCAAUUUCUCAGCUGGAAGCAGAACGAUUGGUCUUUUCAGGAUCCUUUAAGAUAGGAAUCUACAUUUGCAUCCUCUAUCUAGUUUUUGUUUUUUAGGACAAGGUCUGGCCUUUUCGUCCAGGCUGGAGUGCAGUGGCGCGAUCUUCGCUCACUGUAGCCUCCACCUGGACUCAAGCAAUUCCCGUGCCUCAGUCUCUCGAGUAGCUGGAACUACAGGCACACGCCACUACGCCUGGCUAAUUAAAAAAAAAAAUUUAAGAGACCGGGGGUCUCCCUAUGUUGUUCAGGCUGAUCUCGAACUCCUGGGGUCAAGCGAUCCUCCGGCCAGGGCUUCUCAAAGUGCCAGGAUCACAGGCGAGAGCCGCCGCGCCCAGCGGCAACCCCUAUCUAGUGAUAAGCAACCUUCAACUAUGAAAGAAGCAUCUGGCCUGUGGACACUGUCGGUUAUCCUUGGAACUUAUCCAAUUUAGUAAAACAAGUGAGCAACUAACCCUCCAAGGCCGGCUCACGACACCGGGAGAAAGUGGUGUAAAAGACAAUCGCGGCCACACACCGCGUGGGGGCUGCGCAAAGCAGAACUAGGAAGCUUUGCUCCGGUCUGGACUUCGUCCCUCCCAGAUCUCUGAGCUAGCAAGCACUGCAGUCCGAGCCAAUUGCGAAAGACCAACAAAGCCCAGCCCAGCGGAAGGAACGGUUUCGGAGUUGUUUUUCUUUGAUACGGGAGUUCCUCCUUGCUCUCGCCCCUACUCUUUCUGGUGUUAGAUCGAGCAACCCUCUAAAAGCAGUUUAGAGUGAUUGGUAAAAAAAAAAAAAUACACCAAACGCUCGCAGCCACAAAAAGGAUGAAAUUUCUUCUGGACAUCCUCCUGCUUCUCCCGUUACUGAUCGUCUGCUCCCUAGAGUCCUUCGUGAAGCUUUUUAUUCCUAAGAGGAGAAAAUCAGUCACCGGUGAAAUCGUGCUGAUUACAGGAGCUGGGCAUGGAAUUGGGAGACUGACUGCCUAUGAAUUUGCUAAACUUAAAAGCAAGCUGGUUCUCUGGGAUAUAAAUAAGCAUGGACUGGAGGAAACAGCUGCCAAAUGCAAGGGACUGGGUGCCAAGGUUCAUACCUUUGUGGUAGACUGCAGCAACCGAGAAGAUAUUUACAGCUCUGCAAAGAAGGUGAAGGCAGAAAUUGGAGAUGUUAGUAUUUUAGUAAAUAAUGCUGGUGUAGUCUAUACAUCAGAUUUGUUUGCUACACAAGAUCCUCAGAUUGAAAAGACUUUUGAAGUUAAUGUACUUGCACAUUUCUGGACUACAAAGGCAUUUCUUCCUGCAAUGACGAAGAAUAACCAUGGCCAUAUUGUCACUGUGGCUUCAGCAGCUGGACAUGUUUCGGUCCCCUUCUUACUGGCUUACUGUUCAAGCAAGUUUGCUGCUGUUGGAUUUCAUAAAACUUUGACAGAUGAACUGGCUGCCUUACAAAUAACUGGAGUCAAAACAACAUGUCUGUGUCCUAAUUUCGUAAACACUGGCUUCAUCAAAAAUCCAAGUACAAGUUUGGGACCCACUCUGGAACCUGAGGAAGUGGUAAACAGGCUGAUGCAUGGGAUUCUGACUGAGCAGAAGAUGAUUUUUAUUCCAUCUUCUAUAGCUUUUUUAACAACAUUGGAAAGGAUCCUUCCUGAGCGUUUCCUGGCAGUUUUAAAACGAAAAAUCAGUGUUAAGUUUGAUGCAGUUAUUGGAUAUAAAAUGAAAGCGCAAUAAGCACCUAGUUUUCUGAAAACUGAUUUACCAGGUUUAGGUUGAUGUCAUCUGAUAGUGCCAGAAUUUUAAUGUUUGAACUUCUGUUUUUUCUAAUUAUCCCCAUUUCUUCAAUAUCAUUUUUGAGGCUUUGGCAGUCUUCAUCUACUACCACUUGUUCUUUAGCCAAAAGCUGAUUACAUAUGAUAUAAACAGAGAAAUACCUUUAGAGGUGACUUUAAGGAAAAUGAAGAAAAAGAACCAAAAUGACUUUAUUAAAAUAAUUUCCAAGAUUAUUUAUGGCUCACCUGAAGGCUUUGCAAAAUUUGUACCAUAACCGUUUAUUUAACAUAUAUUUUUAUUUUUGAUUGCACUUAAAUUUUGUAUAAUUUGUGUUUCUUUUUCUGUUCUACAUAAAAUCAGAAACUUCAAGCUCUCUAAAUAAAAUGAAGGACUAUAUCUAGUGGUAUUUCACAAUGAAUAUCAUGAACUCUCAAUGGGUAGGUUUCAUCCUACCCAUUGCCACUCUGUUUCCUGAGAGAUACCUCACAUUCCAAUGCCAAACAUUUCUGCACAGGGAAGCUAGAGGUGGAUACACGUGUUGCAAGUAUAAAGGCAUCACUGGGAUUUAAGGAGAAUUGAGAGAAUGUACCCACAAAUGGCAGCAAUAAUAAAUAGAUCACACUUAAA